UCAGUGGGCGUCAGUUGGGCCUUGCUGGGCCCCGCCCCUCCUUCCUCCCGGCUGGCUCUGAGCUGUCAAUCAGGCGCCGGGCUCAGGGGCAGGCGGCGACGGCGGGCGGAGAGAGGCAGCUACGCCACAGCCCAGCGGCGGCCAUUCGUGGAAAAAUAGGCCGUCCCGCUCCUCCCAGCUCCGGCUGCGACCGGCCUUCUCCCCGCUACCCCACCCCACCCUCCGCCUCCUCCUCCUUCUCCUCCCCCCCAGAGCUGCGCCUCAGCGGGCCAUUAAUGCGGGAUGAGCGAUCAAAGGAAGGAGGAAACUAUGCCCACAGAGGGAGAUAAAUCUCCUGAGGCAGAGAACAACAAUAAUAAAAAAAGUAAAACUGGAGGCUCACAGGAUUCUCAACCUUCACCUCUGGCUUUGCUGGCAGCCACUUGCAGCAAAAUAGGGACGCCUGGUGAGAAUCAAUCAACUGGACAACAGCAGAUUAUUAUAGAUCCAAGCCAAGGUUUGGUGCAGCUUCAAAAUCAACCACAACAGUUAGAAUUAGUAACAACUCAGCUUGCUGGAAAUGCUUGGCAGCUUGUUGCUGCUGCUCCUCCUCCUGCUUCAAAAGAAAAUAAUGUUUCUCAACAAGGAUCUUCUAUUGCUUCAAGCACAGCAAGUCCCUCCAGCAGCAACAAUGGGAAUACAUCUCCUUCAAAAACUAAAUCAGGUAAUUCUGCUACUAACCCUGGACAGUUUCAAGUAGUACAAGUACAGAAUCCAAGCGGUAGUGUCCAAUACCAAGUGAUCCCACAGAUUCAAACAACGGAAAGUCAGCAAAUUCAAAUCAAUCCUGCCAAUGCUACAACUCUACAAGAUUUACAGAGUCAAAUUCAGCUCAUCCCUGCAGGGAAUAAUCAAGCUAUCCUCACAACUGCAAACAGGACCACUUCGGGGAAUAUUAUUGCUCAGAACCUGGGAAAUCAGACAGUUCCAGUCCAGAUUAGGCCUGGUGUUUCAAUACCACUGCAGCUGCAGACUAUUGCAGGUACUCAGGCUCAGGUUGUAACAACCUUGCCUAUAAACAUUGGAGGAGUAACUCUCGCAUUGCCUGUGAUAAACAACGUGGCAGCAGGAGGUGGUUCUGGACAGGUUGCCCAGACUGCUGAUAGUGGAGUUUCCAAUGGGAAUCAGGUAGUAACCACGCCUGUCACCACCGCUUCUGUUAGUACUAUGCCAGAAUCCCCUUCAUCUUCUUCCAUCUGUACAACCACUGCCUCAACGUCUCUGACUAGCAGUGACACUUUAGUAAGCUCGGCAGAGGCAGGCCAGUAUGCAAGCACAGCAGGCAGCAGUUCAGAGCAUACUCCUGAAGAACCUCAAACAACUGCCACAGAAUCAGAAGCCCAGAGCUCCAAUCAGCUUCAGCCUAAUGGACUACAAAAUGUGCAGGAUCAGUCAAGUUCACUUCAGCAGGUGCAAAUUGUAGGUCAGCCUAUUCUACAGCAAAUACAGAUCCAACAGCCGCAACAGCAGAUUAUUCAAGCCAUUUCUCCACAGUCAUUUCAGCUCCAGUCAGGGCAAACUAUUCAGACCAUCCAACAACAGCCUUUGCAAAAUGUUCAGCUGCAAGCAGUGAGUCCAACUCAGGUACUCAUCAGGGCUCCAACUUUAACGCCAUCAGGACAGAUCAGCUGGCAAACUGUGCAGGUUCAGAAUCUUCAAAGCCUUUCAAAUUUGCAAGUUCAGAACGCUGGGUUACCCCAGCAACUAACCAUCACCCCAGUGUCUUCAAGUGGGGGCGCAACUAUUGCCCAGAUUGCACCAAUGGCUGUUGCUGGUACCCCAAUCACACUGAAUGCUGCCCAGCUUGCUUCAGUGCCUAACCUCCAAACAGUAAGUGUUGCCAGCCUCAGUGCAGCGGGUGUUCAAGUUCAAGGAGUUCCAGUUACCAUUACCAGUGUUGCAGGUCAACAGCAAGGACAGGAUGGAGGCGUGAAAGUACAACAAGCCACAAUAGCUCCAGUAACUGUAGCUGUAGGAGGUAUUGCUAAUGCAGCAAUUGGUGCUGUUAGUCCUGAUCAGAUCACACAAGUGCAGUUACAACAAGCCCAGCAAGCUUCUGACCAGGAAAUACAACCUGGCAAGAGGUUAAGAAGAGUUGCUUGCUCGUGUCCUAAUUGUAGAGAAGGAGAAGGAAGAGGCAGCAGUGAGCCAGGAAAAAAGAAGCAGCAUAUCUGUCAUAUUGAAGGAUGUGGAAAAGUUUAUGGGAAAACAUCUCAUCUCCGGGCACACCUUCGUUGGCAUACUGGAGAAAGACCAUUUGUAUGCAACUGGAUGUUUUGUGGCAAAAGAUUUACACGGAGUGAUGAGCUGCAAAGACAUAGAAGAACCCAUACAGGUGAAAAAAGAUUUGAGUGCCCCGAAUGUUCUAAGAGGUUUAUGCGGAGUGACCAUCUCUCCAAACAUGUCAAAACUCAUCAGAACAAGAAAGGUGGUGGAACAGCCCUUGCUAUUGUUACUUCAGGAGAACUGGACUCUUCAGUUACUGAGGUUCUUGGCUCUCCAAGAAUUGUCACUGUUGCAGCCAUUUCUCAAGAUUCAAACCCAGCAACCCCUAAUGUUUCAACAAACAUGGAAGAAUUCUGAAAGGAUCAUUUAUACGGACACCUAGUGCUGCACUUAAGUUUACAUACCUUUCAUGAUAUGGAAGUGGGCUGGUAAAGUGGAUUACAGAGCAGGAAAUCAUGUUUUCAGUCUUGACUUCUGUAAGUAUUCCAAGUUGGAGGGUCAGCAUGAGAAGUGUACACUGGUGCAACAAGACAAAUUUUCAAAAAUACAAACAGCGCAAAUUGACAUACUGGGUAAACAGUUGGGGGAAUACUGCUUCCAUACUGUACUUUUUUAGUUAUGUGGCUCUAUAUUAUAUAAUUGUUUUAAAUGCAAAUUUCCCCUCUCUUUUAGCAUUUGUGUGUUGUUGUGUUUGUAAAAUCAGACAAUAUCAAUAUGACAGGGUGGAUCUUGGUUAGGAGUGUUGUCAUUUGGAGAUACUUUGUUUAUAAUCUGAAUCUGUAAUAUUUUCAAGGGAACUUCUUUUCCCAUAAGGCACAACAAAAAUGCAUAAGAAUUGAGUGGUAAUUAUUUCUUUGCUCAGUUCUGUGGAAUCUGUAAGUUGAUUUUGGCCGUCUUUUCUCAAGUUUAGAAAUUAUUCAAAUAGCAGUUGAAUUUACAUGCUGCAAAGCAGAUCUGAGGUGCAGCUCAGAUAAUUUUGACCACUACAUUAUAGUAGUGUGUAUAAAUGACAAUCACUGAACUCAGAUUUCUCUCUUUCUUUGGAGAAUUAAGAGAUAUUUAGAUUUAAUGUAUACAUUAGAAAAAAUUAAACUACAGAAAUAUAUUAACAUAAGAUUUUACAGAAUUAAUAUCUUUAUGUAGGAUAAUAAUAAAAUAUGGAAACUUGUGUGUUUAAGUUUUGAUAUUCCAGUUCAUUACAUUUUAAGAUAUCAGGAAUCCAUUUGUUAACUUGAGUCACAAAACUCAUACUUUUGAAUAUUUAAAUUUUAUGGGAAUACUUGGAUAUUGAUUGGACAACUGAAUUGUUUAAUGAGUGUUGUAACUCAUUCUCCAGUUCUGUCCUGUAUAUAUAAAUUAUUAUAUUAUGGUGAAGGUGAAGAAUUCUUUAUACUUUGACUAAACAGCCAAAGAAAAGGACAAAUUAUGACAUUUUAACAACAAAAAAGAUAAUUGUAAAUUAAUGCAUUUUUUUUCUUUCUCUUCCUCUAAAGAUUAAUCAUCUUAUUUUCUUUCCAAUUGUAAGUGCAUAGGCUGGUAAGGAAUAUCCACCACCCAUUUUCUUAUAUGAUCAAUAAUUUUGAGCCUCCAGCCACAAGAGAGACUGGGGCAAAAAGGAAUAUAGGUAUCUUUUUAUCAUACAGCAAUUGAUUUAAAAGGUUUUAUUAUAUUUCCAAUAUCUGUUAACUUAAUAGAACAUAAUUGUUGGAGAAAUAAAACAACUGAGCAUUUUUAUGUAAAAACUCCAGUGCAUACAUGGAGGAAGGAUGGCCAAAUAUUUCACACUCAGGAUUUUGAAUUGUUUCCCAUAGGCGUAAAUGGAAUGUUUUACAAAUUUAGCCAUUUGGUAUCUCAUGACAGUCCAUUUGUUUAAAUUUAUACAUCAAAAUA